AUUACCCUCAAAAAUUUCGAAAUCCCGGGAAUUAAUUUUGAAACCUAUUUAUUCUCAUCUUCUGAAGCGCAGUAAGUAUUUUGAUAGUUUCGAUUGGGAAUUCCAGACUUUGUGCUCCACAACAAAAUCUGAAUGGCCAAAUCCAAAUCAACCUCAAAAAGACGCAAGAAACCAAUACUGAAACUGAAACGCAAGAAACCAAUAGCGGUGGACAGGAUCAGCGAUUUACCCGACUCUCUCCUCUCCCAUAUCCUCUCCUUUCUCACAACCAAAGACGCCGUUGUCACCAGCAUUUUAUCGAGCAGGUGGAAGAUUCUCUGGACUCUCGUCCCAAAUCUCGACUUCGACGACUACGAAGUUGGAUUUCUCAGGAUCUCAUCUUCUUUGCCUUCGUACCCCACUUGGCAAAGACCCUCUCCGCUGCCUCUUUUGAAACGGUACCGUUUUACAUUCGCGCAUAUCGUGUCUAGGGUCUGGUCUCUUCGCAAUGCCAAUCCCAAUCCCCCAAAAGAGUUUCGCCUCCGCUGGCAAAACGAUUGUGACCCGAUUCACGUUGAUACGUGGCUUCGCACCGCGAUUACGCGCGGCUUCGAAGCGCUUGAUCUCGACAUUUAUCUUCCCCUUCCUGACCAUUUCAUCUUGCCCUUUACUCUCUUCAAUCAUUGCAAAACUUUAGCUGUUUUGAAAUUGGGUGGCAGCAUUGUUCUCGAUCCUCCAUCAUCUUCAGCCAUGGGGUUCCCGAGUCUCAAGGUUUUGCAUCUACACUUAGUGGAAUAUGCAAACCCGGACUCUUUCUCCAGGCUCCUUAGUUGCUGCCCUGUCCUUCAGGAUUUGUCUGUAGAAAUAUUGGGGAACGAAGACGGUGAAAACAAUUUUAAAAUCAUUGUGCCAACGCUGAAAAGAUUACAAGUUUGUAUCCAUAUUCCGAACUACAAACUUGAGAUAAACGCCCCAUCUCUCGAGUACCUUUAUUUCAUAGGUAAUAUAGGCAAGUACGUUUCGUUGGAUAACCUGUCCAACUUAGAUGAAGCAGUUCUCGAGACCUCGGAUUCGUAUGUAAGUGUUCGUUGUUUAACUGAAUUAUUUGAUGGGUUUCAAGAAUAUGGAAAGAGGGUAUGGGCCUUCCUCAGAGCUCUCUAUAAUGUUAAAUCACUACAUUUGGACUCAUCUACCACAGAGUGCCUUUGCAAUGCAAUUGAUUUUGAUGAUCCUCCCAUGUUUCAUAAAUUGGCUCGCUUGAACUUUGAGUACGGUCAUCAUUGUCUAAUGGAGAAUGUGCUACCACUCUUGCUUCAUCAGGCUCCUAAACUUGCGGUACUUAUCUUUGAUAAGAAAUGGAGCAAGUGUUGUGGUGAUGAAGAGAAAGACUGUUUCAGCCUUGAGAAGAUGUUCUGUGAGGAUAUUCCUGAAUGUCUGUCAUCACACCUUAGAACUUUUCAUUUUCAAGGAUUUCAUAGGAUAAAGGAUGAGCUAGAACUUAUUAGACGUAUCCUAAAGUGCGCAGGAGUCUUAAAGACAAUGUCAGUCUCUUCCUAUCCUCUAACUUCAGAAGGCAAGGUUUAUGUUCUCAAUGAAUUAUUGAAGUUCCCAAGGCUUUCUAGCGCUUGUCGAAUUGCAUUUAACUGAAGGAUGUUCUUUAAUUAGUCUCUCUCUUGGUUAGUCCUUUUUCCAACUUACAAUUCAAAGUGAAACGUUGUUUUUUUUCCUUUGUAUAAUUAGAUCCUUGAUUAAUCAAGUGCUAUUGGUCUUUUGAAUUU